AUGGCCCCUCCGAUGGUUCUCCUCGACCGCGAGAUUGAGUUCCGCCCCGACCCCGACCUGCGGGGAUUCUGGGGCGAUAGAGGGCCACAAACCCGCGAUGCCAUGACCAUGAGCGAUCAAGUCAUGGAGUACCUGCGGACCUUCAAGGCCCGCGCGGUCGUCCACGAUCCGCCGAAACCCUCCUUCCUCGACAUACUGGUGCCGCCGCUAUCCGACCCGCUCCCGCCGCCAUACAUGGGCCUGGACUCGGGCCGCAUCUCCAGCACGGACAAGAACCUGGUCGCCCUCUACGCCGGCGGGUACCGCCCAGGCUCUAGUUUGCCCGGAGGCUAUCUCAUCUACGACGCCUGCAACGACUCCCUCUCCGUCAUCCCCCGGCUCCCCGACGACGACUCCCAGAAAGCCUUGGGGCACCAGUCGGCAGUCGUCAUGUGCGACUCCCAAGGCCAAGGGGACGGCUACCUUCUCGCCGAGCUCGUGGUUCCAGGACUGUCCCGAGCCGAGGUCUGGCUGUGGAAGUCAUCCGCCUCAGAAUGGGCCUUGCUGUCCGGGAGCCAUCCCCUUCCAUCCAGAUCCAGCAGCUUCUCCGUUGACUCGUGCUUCUCUUAUCGGGGCUCUACCCUUUGCUGGGUGGAUCUCUUCCAGGGCAUCUUGCUCUGUCAUCUCAACCAAGACUACUGCAACAGCAAGUUCAGCUUUAUUCACUUGCCACCAGAUUGUCCAACCUAUGAUGUGGACAACCCCGACUAUCCAGACAGCGCCCGCUCAGAGGAGUCCCGUUCUGUCGCCUGUGUUUGUGACCACAUCAAGCUCAUCGCCUUGGAUGAAUGUGGAUUGGAACUCAUCGUCUGGACUCAGUCGCCUCAACUCUCAGGCUGGACCAGAACCUCCAAGUACAAUGUUGAACAAAUCUGGGCAAACGUCAACUACAUGUCUGCUGGUUUGACCAAGCUUGCUCUGUCGCUCCCUGUCCUGAGCAUCCAUCAAGACGAUGUUGUCUUCUUAGUCGUAAAUGAUGACUUGGUGGUGGACCGUCGACUAGUGCGUGAAAUCCAGUAUUUGCUUCGUGUCGACAUGAAGAAUAACCAUGUCCAGGUCUAUCCACAGCCUACAUGGUCUAUUUAUUCCCAGCUCUUGGCCAGUGAGUUCAGUGUGUACCGACGACAGGAUCACCCGGUACUACCACCACCACCACCACCAAGCAUACUUUCGUUUGCAUACUACUGUCAUUUUAUUUAUAUAUGUUCACUGUCACUGAAUAUGCUUUCAUUUGCAGGCAUGCAACUGUAUUAA